CAUAUAAGUAACUAUUUUACAAUAUAGUGUGUUUUAAAUAUUGAAAUUGGGGAUUUUAUAAAUUAAUAUUAGGUUAUGUGGUUGCAUAUUGUAGUGCGCUAUAUUUAUGAAAAUAAAAAUUAUAUAUAAAUAUCAUAUAAACAUUUGAUUUUUAUUAUUUAUUUAAAUUUAAAAGAAAAAUGGUAUUUUUAACUGCACAGUUAUUUGUGAGAUGUCGAGGUCCUGAUGAAUUCUGGCGUAAACGACAAAUAUUCAAACUUGCUGCGCAUUAUAUUGGAAGGAGAAGAAAUUGCUAUAGCUUAACUAUUAAAAGUGUACAUAGAGCAUUGCAAUUUUCUACAAAAGGAAGAAAGCUUAAAAAACAAGAUAUGAGAGAGCUUUGGGAAACUAGAAUAGAUGCUGCUACAAAUGAACAUGGUAUUGGUUUAAAAGUGCUAUUAGAAGGAUUAAGUAGAUGUAAUGUAUUAUUAAAUCGCAAAUCAUUAGCAAUUUUGGCUAUUUGGGAACCACGAACAUUUAAAUGUUUAUCUGAUAUUGCAUGUGCAAAGGCAAAACUUGGAGGUGAUCCAAAAGUUGCCAAUAAUUCUAUGCCUGAAAAUGUUAUGAUUGAAAGAUUAGUUGAUGAAUUAGAUUAAAAGGUUAAAUAAAUCAUGAAACUUACAUUUUGUUGUAACAUUUAUUGAAUUAUUAAUGAUUAUGUAUUUACAACAAGCAUAUGUUUUUUAAGAAUAAAAGAAUGAAAUAUAUAUUUUAUUGUUAAUU